AGAGGGACCGCCGCGUCUUCCCCGGGGUUGUCCCACCGCCUCCCCCGCCCUUCUUGCCCCGAGAAGUAGUUUCGUCAGAGACACGGCCGGGGCGACGAGGACAAAGGAGCGAGUGCGUAUAAAAGGGGAACGCAGGGCACAGAAGACGAUCACAGGACGCUCAUCUCCUCCUGCCUCCGUCGCCGCCUUCGUCAGCUGAGUCCUCGCCAUGGUUUCCAAGAUGUUCAUCAUUCUAAUGGCAGUAAUGGGAGCUGUACUUGCCAACCCAGCUGCCCCCUACGCGUCCCACUAUCAACCAAAGCCCUUGAUGCCGUAUGCCUUCGAGUACGGGGUGGCCGACUACAGGGGCAACAAUUUCAACCGCAGGGAACACUCCGAUGGGCACAAGGUUCAGGGUUCCUACUCCGUCGACCUCCCUGACGGCCGCGUGCAGACUGUGAACUACCAUGCCGACGGACAGCAUGGUUUUGUCGCUGAUGUUCAGUACAGCGGGCAGGCGCACCACCCACCCACACCUGUGCACGGCUCCUCCGGUUCCUACAGCUCUCACAAGUACUGAGCUACCAACCCUGAAACUCCUGAUAACUCUAAACACUUGUUAUUCUUGUAGCAUUCAGGUGUUUGGAAAUAAAAUCUAAACAUUUUUGUCAGUUUCUCCUGCAAUACCUCUGAAAAAGCGCCAUUCCCUUGGAGGCGAUGCGCAUCAUCCUUCCUAGGCUCUUUCGCA